AUGGACCAUCAGGCAGACCCAAGCAGGCAGCAAGUGCCCCAUCCUCCAGCUUCCAGGUCGAGCCCUGGGUUGCGACAUCCUCGCCGGUUCGAUGGUUUGUCAUCUCCCUCGCAACCUUCUCCCUCGGCCUUCGGGCUUCGUCCCAUGGAGCUGACGGCGACAGAAUCAUGGGUUGAGGUUUCAUCGCAGCCGUCAUCUUCAUCCCUUUCCAGCAUCGGAGACGAGAUUGUCACGGCCGGCUUGCGAGUCGGGGGUCUGCAUCACCGACGACGCCGCCUACAACCGGCUGCCCGGUCGGCGCCACUGGAGAAUACGACGGAACAGGCGGCGGAGACGAGUAGCCAGGAAGAAUACGAGGAGAGCGAGAGCGAGAGCGAAGACGACCAAGUUUUGACAAGCUCGGCGGAGAAUGCCAACGAUGCAUCUCCAUCAGGGCCGCAAAGGGCCGACGUCGACUCGGACGGCGACUCGGACGAGGUCGACAACGCGACUGCGCUGGGUCGAUUGCCGGACCGAACGACCUUUCAACCUCAGCCGAACGCGUUCUCGCAUCCGCUUCCCAACGGCCUGCAGAGAAGACGGUCUGCGACGUCGGCGCUGCCUGCACACCCACACGGCGGCCUCGCUCGACCUUCCCUCUCGCAACGAUCGCAGACAAGAGUGCACGGCGGGGGCCCCCGCUUCAUGUCGUCGUCCAGCACUCGCGAGGACCACGAUGCGGCGCUGCGGGCGUCCCUGACGACGCUCCUGUCCUGCGCCGCCGCCGCGAGGGGUCUUCCCAAGGCGAAGGAGGAGGCGGAGGCCCAGCGACGAGGGGGCAACGGGGUGGGCACAAGCAACCAACCGAUGCAGAUGCGGUUCGUGGGGGAAUCGGAGUUGCUGGACGAUUCGGGACCAGCAAAGGCUGUGUCCGGAUCGGCCCCUCGGCAAGGUUCCCCCCAACGGUCGGCAUCGCCGACCGAGUACGGCGCGGUCGAGAAGCAGAAACGAACGGCGUCGGCGGGGCGAAGUCCACGGGCCACGAAGAAGAAAAGGACGGCGACGGUCGUCGCCGAGGAAGCCCUCAUCUCCCCGACCCUUCUCUCCUGGGUCGUGAGCGCCGGCGUCGUCGUGCUCGUCUCCGUCGUCGGCUUCGGCGCCGGCUACGUCUUGGGCCGCGAGGUCGGGCGCCAGGAAGCGUUGUCGGCCAGCGUCGGCGGAGUGAACGAGACGACGCACUGCGGGCGGGAGGUGAUGCGCACGUCUGGCGGUGGCCUCAGGAGGCUGCGAUGGGCAGGCGUGGGCAGGAGCAUAGUCGCGCAGGCCUGA